AUGUAUAAUCUUCAACAGGAGGGCAAGAGAGGUCCAAACCCAGCCCUAUGGUGGGUGAAUAACCAAGGAGAUGAAGUGAAAUGGAGUUUCAGAGAGAUAACAGACUUAAGCUGCCGUACAGCCAACAUGUUGACACAGAACUGUGGCCUGCAACGCGGAGACCGCCUAGCCUUGAUUCUGCCUCGGGUGCCUGAGUGGUGGUUGGUGAGCCUAGGCUGCAUCCGAUCAGGAAUCAUCUUCAUGCCAGGAACCACCCAGUUGAAGGCCAAGGACAUUCUCUACCGACUACAAGUGUCUAAAGCCCAGAGUAUCGUGACCACUGAAGCCCUUGCCCCUGAGGUGGACUCCGUGGCUUCUGAGUGCCCCAAUCUGAAAACCAAGCUCCUGGUGUCCGAUCAUAGCCGUGAAGGGUGGCUGGACUUCCGCUCAUUGAUGAAGUGA